GCCUCAGCUGCAUCAGAGCGCCACUUCUCCCCAGGUUCACCAGAGGAAACACCACUUCACAAAAUGCUUUUCCUCCCAGCUGCUGCUCUGUGCUGUCUGUGUUCAGCGCUGGUUGCCAUGGCAGCACAGCUGAUUCAGGAGGAUUUAACGUUGACCAAGAGUGCUGGUAAAACAGUCUCCUUCAGCUGUCGAGGAACUGAGCAGUGUGACAGUCGUUAUUAUGUAUGGUGGUACCAGAAGAAAGACACAGACACAUUCACAAGGAUUCUGGACAUUAGAAUGAGUAGUGGUACAGUAGAUAAAGAUUCUUACAAUCAUCCUCAGAAAGAUGAUUUCUCAGCUGCAAAGAAACAGAACAACUAUGAGUUGCAGAUCCAGACAGUUCAACUCUCACAUUCAGCCACCUACUACUGCUCCUGUUAUCAAUCUGUCUACAUCUUUGGCUCUGGGACUAAACUGUUUGUAGUUAAGCAGGUAGUGAAGCCCGUGGUGAGCGUGUACCCAGCAGCAUCCAGAGCCCACCUGGAGGGGAAGAGCUCCCUGCUGUGUGUGGCCUCAGCCAUGUCUCCUCCUCUGGUCCAGUUCUCCUGGAAAAGACAGAAGAAGAACGGCCCGCUGGAGGAGCUGACCUCUACUGAGGGAGAGCAGCUGGAGCUCAGAGAGCCGGGACGCAGCGCCUCCAUCCUGCUGCUCCAUCAGCAAGAGGAUAGCACAUAUAAGUACCGCUGCUACGUCAAGCACGAGGGGAGCACAGUGAGGGCCCAAACAGAACAAGAGAUUUCUCUUAAUCCACCAACCCCAGCUCCGACAGCUAUACCAACUCCAAAAGCUAUACCAACUCCGACAGCUAUACCAACUCCGACAGCUACAUCAGCUCCGACAGCUACAUCAGCUCCAACAGCUCCACCAGAUUUUUUCCCGUCUCAGUACCAGGUGCUGCUGCUCUGUGUGCUGUACACAGUGCUGAUAGUGAAGAGUCUGGUGUACUGCUGUGGACUCUCUCUGCUGAUGAUCCUCAGAAACAAGGGACCGUCCACUAACUGCACACAUGCUGACUGACUAACUGUCCUCCACCUUUAACUUCUCACUGACAACUGUUAAAUCCUGAAGAUAAGGUUGACAACUGGUCCUGAGGAAUGUGAGGUUCUCAUUAGCUUUUUCUUUCAAACUAGUGACAAUAAUUAUUGAUUGUGGAGACAAACUGCUGACCAAGAGAAAUGUAAAAAUAAAAAAAGACAUUGUUGCAUUUGGGUGAAGUAAAUCGUUGUCACGACAUUCCUUCAGAUGCAUAUUUGGUAAUCUGUAUACAACUUCUUGAGCAUACACAUCUCUGUUAUGUAGGUUAACUGCAUAACAUUGCAUUAACAUUCCCGUCCUUUGAUUUUUUUUUCUAGCAACAAUCCCAUCUCCCUUUCUGCCUUCGACAUGUAAAAAAUUAUGUAAACAAGACAAGCAUAAGCGUUAACAACAAACUCGUACGUCUAAAUUUACCUUCCACCAUUUUAAUAGGGGUUUGCUAGAGUGAUUUAUCAAAACUUCAUUAACU